ACUUAUACUAUAGCUAGUACCCAAAACUCACUCACAGAUUAAGCAAAAUGAUAAGAAAAACCUACGUAGUAGAUUAUUAUUUAUAAUCUUUUCGAAGAAUUGAUGAACUUAUUAAAUAAAUAGCUAGCAAUAUGUAGACUUCAUACUACGACUUUGUAACUGUGUCAAUAUAAUUUCAAAAUAUGUAUUACAACUUCAUCAUCGAAAUUCAGAAAUAUGGAUUCAACCAGGUUUGUAUAUUUUGUAAAUAGUUGUCUGAACGUCGCACGCACAUCACUUACACCACACGAGGAUACGAACAAACGACGAUCAUUCCCCCAUGGCAUGAGCGGCUGGACGCCAUUUUCAUUUCGCGUCGCGCCAACAUCAGAAUCGUUCUAUCUCUAUCUAAUUAGUCUGAGUUUGCGCUGCUAUGACUAUGGACGUUGUGUCACCGUCCUCGCCGCCGCCGCCAAGCUUAUACGAUGCUGAAAAGAAAUUUAUUCAAGCAUACGAGAAAUUACCAAUGUUAUGGGACUCAAAACAUGAUCAUUACCACAAUAAAUACAAACGAAAGGAGGCAUUGCAAAAGUUAUUACAAAUUUAUAGAUUAAUCAAACCGGCUGCCAAUAUUUAUGAUGUACGAAUGAAAAUAAAUGGACUGCGUACAUACUAUAGGAAAGAAUUAAAGAAAGUGAAUAUCUCUAAACUAUCUGUGAGUUCACCUUUUGACGUUUAUGUACCAAAAUCCUGGACAUUUGAUUUGCUUUAUUUUUUAGAGGAAGAAGUUCAAGCCAGUCUGUCCCAAGAUACCCAUGAUUGCAACAAUUCCGAGCAAAUACAAGACAUAGACCAUGAGGAGAAUGAGACAGAACUCUCUUCUGCAAUAUAUAUUUCGCCAAAGAAGCGUGCUAGAGAUAUUAUAAUAAGAAGCAAUAAGAAAAAACCGAAAAUAAAAAAAAACAAUAAAGCAGAUGAAACUCAAUCUGGUGUGCCGCAUAUGUUUAAAGUGAAAAACCCAAUUGCUUUCAUAUGGGCUGAUAAAUUGGAGAAUUUGCAGCCAAAGCAACGACUCUUUGCUGAGAAGGCUAUAAAUGAUGUGCUCUUCGAAGCAGAAUUGGAAAAUUUGAACAGAUUCUCUGUCAAAAUCAAUGCAUCCAGUAACCCGAAUUCGUCAUCUUAUACAGAGUGUUAUGUGUCCACGAAUAUAGUGUCACCUACAUCAAAUAAUAGGAAUCAUCAGUCAUCUGUUUCAUCAUCAGACGAUGGGGAUAAUGAUGAAACAGUUAUGAAAUGUGAGGUGUUGGAUACAAGUGAUUAAAUUUAGAGAUCUAGUGUUAGUGAGAUUUUAUCAAUGAACAUUGUUUCGCCAUGUUAGCUCUCCUGUAGGGUGGACCAACCAAGUGCCAAGUGCCAAAGCAACCAAGUGCCAAAGGUGCCCUAAAGUUGAUGCUACAUAUCUGUUCUUAAACACUAAAUAAUACCUAAAGGAUAAAUAUAUAAACUGUAUUUGUUCUUAUUAUUUAUUUAUUUAUUUCUAUAUAAUACUGUAGUAAAUUUG